AGCCAAGGUUUGACUGUAGUAUUGUGAUAGUCGUCUAGUUAUCCUAACACUUUGCACAACUAAGCAUUGUGCCACCACCUUCCAUGCUUUUAUCUAUGUGAGGUGUGCUACAUUAGAGAUGCCUGAUUCAGUGAAAUAGUUGGCUGAUUCUGUUGAGCUGCUAUUGUAGUGAAGAUACCACUGUAUAAGUCUAGGCAGAUGGAGAUCACACACAGCAUUGCCCAUCUUAGAGGAGAGACAAAACACACUAUUUAUAUGAAAUGUUGUGUCCAAAAUGAGAACUUGAAGACAAAUUCUCUUACUUGUUUUGUAUCAUGUAGCAUCAACCCAAUGUAAAUUGGACAUGGUGUGUCAUGGUUGAUUCUAUGUCUGACAGACUGGGUUUCAGUUUGAAUUCACCUGUCUGUGUGGUUAAUCUCCCAAGAGCUGAACUAAUGUCAGUAUUGAAGAUACAGUUAGUUGACAGGGUUGAUCCUUAAUGUUAAGGCACUCAAUUUUAUUGUCCGUUUAGGAAGGCAGUUAAUAUAACUGAAAGAGUCUCCUCUUGACAUUCUAUUAAUGUUCCAUCAAGAUUUGAUUUUUUAAAGCAUACUUCUAUGCAACACAUAGAAGGCAAACUGCAUCACCACCACUCAGUGUUCGAUAUUAGCCAGGAGCCAGGUGUGUUUUGUGACUGGGAAUUGUCUGAUUGUGAGCAAUUUGAGAAGUCUUGUCGCCAUGUAUGCAACUGAGAUACAGUGUUAAAAUUGCUGGUGCUGUGGGCGCAGGAGGAGAAAUGCCUCCCUGCCCGACUCUAGAGUAGGAAAGAUUGCUGCUGCCUUCUGCGUGCCGCUUUGUCACCCCACCCCAAACAUGCUAGGAGUAACACAUGAUUCCUGUAGCGAAGAUACAUAUAGUAACUUGCUUCAACAGUAUCACCAAUUGGAACAGGAGAUGGGUCAAGUUGCUGAAACAUGGCUUGAAUAUCAGAAAAGAAUAGAUGAUUAUGUUGAUGAACAGGUGACAGUGAGAACAAAAGAACCCUUUCUGAAAGAAGACUGGGAAGCUUUUAGGAAGAGGCAUUUCAUAGAACAGUUAAAUGGCAGUAAAGCAAUAUCUGGAGAAAAUAACUUCACAGACACAAUGAGACAUCUGUUGUCAUCAAGACUGAGUAUUUCUGACUGUCCUAAUUGUAAUUUCAGGCACAGAUGUACUUGUGAUGACUGCAGCCUUUCGCAUAUUCUGAUGUGUGGAAUCAUGGAUUCACCAGCUACAGACGAUGUCCAUAGUAACCAGCUUCCCCUUCAAAUUGAUUCUGCUCCCGAUUAUCUCUCUCAAAUGCACUUACGAAGUAUAUCAUCAGGAAGCUCAGGGUCUAGUUCCAGUUCUCCUUUUACUGACCAGCAGUUAGACAGACAAAGACUCAUCCUUGCAGAUAAUAGCUCUGGAUCACCUUUUAAUACCGAAAAUGAAGAUAUUUCAGCAGUAUCAGAAAAACCUGAUAUUUAUUGUAUUAAUCACUACGAUAAUGCUGAGGCUGUCAGAAACAUGAAUGGGAUCCACAGACUGUUAACUGAUGGAGUCAAAAACAUGGCAUUAAAGGCUGAGUCUCCCCAGCAGAGUAGUAACACUAGUAGCAGUUCAUCAGUAGCAGAUGCUGAAGAAGCAGAUGAAGAGAAUGGUGGUAAUUUACCAAGGGCUCAAGAAGGGGAUUUAAUGCUUGGAACUAAUGUGCGAAGGAAGGAUGAAGCGAAAACAGACAGUUCUUUGUCAUCAUACUCUAUUCAGCAGCAGAUUGAUCAAGAACCAGCUUGUUGUGAGUGCCAUGUCUGUAAACAGGAAAUCUCAGGCCCCUCUUCUUCAGACACUGAAGUGAAAUGUCUUCCUGCUGGGCAUCAAUUUAGGAUGCCAGAAAAACCUGCCCAUCCUGCUCUUCAUCUUUAUCCUCAUAUCCAUGGACAAAUACCACUUCAUACUAUUCCUCACUUACCUCCUCCACUAAUCCAUCCUUCUUUAUACACUGCUUCCCCCUUUGCACAAAAUAAGGCCCUGGUUCAGAAUAACGGAAACAAUCAGCAAGCACUCAGUACACCAUUCCAAGAUAAUAUCUAUCCAAAUGGUUUUGGAAGUACCACAGACUGGAAGAGUUCUAAAUUUUUAAGCAUCUGGGAAUCGGAAGUCAUGAAUGAGAAAAACUGGAAUGCCUCCACCUCUUUACAAGAGGAACUUCCUGGAAGUGCUGCAGCAGCAGCAGCUCUUUCAGAACUGAUACCUAAUGUACUUCCCAUAACAUCUAGAAAUGAAGGAAUGGUAAUAACUGAGAGCAAAAAGAGGGAAAAUAUUUUAAAGAAAAAAUGUCUGUAUCAUUGUCAAGAUGCAUCUUUUAUGGACACUAAAAAAGUAGUGAUGGCAACAUCUUCAGCAACCUCUUCAGUUUCAUGCACUGCUACCACAGUACAGUCAAGCAACAACCAGUUUAAAGUUUCAUCUAAAAGAUCAUCAUCACUAGGUGAUGUAUUCCACAAUAUCAGUUCAGAGGAUCACAGAUGUUCUGCAUUGGCUGCACCUCAAAAUCCCACAAAUUUUGUGCCACUUCCUUUCCUUUCUCCUGUUGUGCUUCCUCCAGCUUCUGCUCCCCAUCUGCCAAGUCCUAAUGCUUCAUCUUUCUCCAGAGUUACCACAACUGCACCCAGCUUUGUGGAUUCCCAUUCAGGUCUUUAUCCCAUGACAGUUCCACCUCUUUCAACCACAGAGAGCUUAAUUAGUGCUCCAUCAAGUGUUUGCAGUGAUCCUGACUGUGAAGGCCAUCAUUGUGAGAACAGCCGUGUAUAUAACCAUCAACAGUAUGAUGGUGAGGAGAGCCAAGAUGAAGAUAGCUGCUCAGAGCAUAGCUCUAGUACCUCAACAUCCACAAACCAAAAAGAAGGAAAAUACUGUGACUGUUGCUACUGUGAAUUCUUUGGUCAUGGAGGACCACCAGCAGCACCAACUAGUAGGAAUUAUGCUGAAAUGAGAGAAAAACUUCGCUUACGUUUAACAAAGAAGAAAGAGGGACAACCCAGGCAACCAGAGCUGAUACAAGAUAGGGAAAGUGUUGUUGAUCAUCGAAAAGUAGAGGACUUGCUGCAGUUUAUAAACAGCCCUGAGACUAAGCCAGUAAGCAGCUCACGGACAGCCAAAAGAGCAAGGCAUAAGCAAAAAAAGUUAAAAGAAAAGGCCCACACUGAAACCAAAGCUAGAGAAAAGGAACAUCAUCAGCUGCUAGAACAGCAACAGCAAGAAGAUAGAGGGGCACAACAACUACAAGAGUUACAAGACAUUAAGAAAAAGAAGAAAGAGAGGACCAGCACAAACUGCCAACAAGUACAGGUGCAUACUCAGAAUUGUCAAGUAAGGAUGAAGCCUUCCCCUGACAUCCCAGAAAACAUUCAGAAUGAAUUCCUUGAUGAAAUAGAAACAUCAUCUGAAUCACUGUCUAAACAUGCAGAUCAUGUUGAACAGGGGCAAGUUUAUGAAAAGUGCUUUGACCCAUCCAAGCCAAUAAAUGGUAGAGACUCAAAAUUGCUUUUCAAUACAGAGAUGACUGUGAAAUCACAUGAACCCCUUUCUUUGCUUCUUAACAUAAUGCAUCACCACACAGAAGAUAACAACAAAGAGCAGAUAACACAAAUAAAUGAUCUGUUUUCUCAACGACUGAAAAAGUCUUCCAAAGCAACUGAUAUACAGACUCCACCUAAAAUAAAAAACAAAAUAAAUUCUAAAAUAAAAGUGGCAGAACUUCAGUCACUUGCUGUCUCCAAAAAAGAGGAGAAAAAAGUAAGCACAAAUAAAGCAAAGCAAAUUAAUCCUGUGACAAAGUCACCUUUUGUGAGAGGCUCCUUAUUUCCAAAUGAACAGCUGCAUAAUAAGCUUCUACUACAAGAAUCUCCACAGCCAAAAGGCAAGAGCAAGAAAAAUAAGAAAAAGAAAAGUGACAAAGGGAACUCCUCAAUUGAUGAUGUGUUUUUGCCCAAAGAUGUUGACCUAGACAGUGUGGAAAUGGAUGAAACUGAGCGGGAAGUUGAACAUUUUAAAAGAUUCUGCUUGGAUUCUGCCAGACAGACAAGGCAAAGACUUUCCAUCAAUUGGUCCAACUUUAGCUUGAAGAAAGCUACCUUUGCUGUCCACUAAAGGACACAACAUGGAUAUGAAUGUUGUGGGAUCUAAUUACUAACUGUACUCCCUGUGCUGAGAACUGCUGUGGCCUUGAGACAAAUACCUUCAUUAGCAGUGCUGUGUGGAUCUUCACUGGUCAUCCAGCCUUUCCCCUGGUUAUGCUAGAAGGCUGCAGAAUUGCUGCUUUCUAACUACAUAUGUUAGUUUCUGUGAUUGAAGUCUGUGAAUGAGACUUAUCUGACUAUAGUCUGCAGUUGCUGGAAUUGGAACAACAGCAUGUUUCCAGUUUCUGGAGAUACCUUGGCUUUUCCCAUUUUGCUAUGACUUGUCCUUUAAACAGAGCAAUGAAUCCAACUAGUUUUGCUCUUUCCUUAUAGACUUCUUUAAAGAAAUUGCCAUAGAGAAAAUUCCUCUUUUGGGACAAGCAUUUACUUUUGUUUUUCACAAUCUACUGUUGAGAAUGUACAAGUUAAGCAAUUUGUGUUUUGAUUCCCAAUUUGUAGCCAGCUUGUGUAAAAAUACUUGCAAGAGGAAGUUUAGCAAAUGAGUACUUGCAUAUCAAAUCAGUAAAACUGUAUAACUGUAUUAACGCUGAAGCCUAUUGGCUGAUUUUUUAACAUAUUGUUAAAUAAUAUUAAGAUCAUGCCUUUCUUGUUGAAAGAUGGAAUACAUUAGUAAUCACAAAAGA